AUGAAUGUUCAUGAAGCCGAAAUGGCUUUUCUGCAACUUUUUGAACAACUUGAGAUUCAAAGAAAAUCACCAAAAAACCUAUUUCCACUGUUAAAGCUUCCUCGAGUAGUGUUACUCGAAUGUAUCGAAAAUUUGAAUGUUUUGGAAAUAAUAUUCUUCUCUCUCCUCUCAAAACGAGCCAAAUCAAUUUCUAAACUCAUUCGUUGGUUUCCUCUGCAUAUUCGUUUGACGUCCGAAGACAGAAAUCGAACUUUCUUGAGAAUAAUCGAUCUUUCCAGGGGUUGGAAGCGAGAAUGGAUUAUUAUAUUUCCUAAGGAUAAAGACUCAACGGAAUAUCCUUUUCUUAAAUAUAGGCAUUAUCCUCUAGUAUAUCAUUGUUCAGUUCCAAAUAUCGCUACUAAAGACAUAACGCAGAUGACUGAACACGUCUGUGAAGUGUUUCGUUCUCCAUUACGUGAUAUUGAAAUUUUUGAACAAUCAAUGAUCGAGUGGCUCAUCGAUUUUCAACCAACAAUUCGAUAUGUUUGGAUUCCAGACGGUGUUAUCAACUCUCCUGAGCUCUUAGAUCGUAUGUUAAAAAAUCUGAAAAUGAUGAUUCGUUUUGAUUUGGGAUAUAUCAAAACAGAUGAGAGUAUACAAAUCAUGAAACCGAUUUCAUCUCGUUCCAUUAUGAUUUGGAAAUCCUAUUGGGUUACUUUGCCUGCAAUUCUCAAUGGGACCAAUUCUAUGAUUCGUUUAUAUGGGUCAAGGUUGACUCCAAAGGAUAUCAACACUAUAUUGAAGGAAUGGCAGAUGGGAUCAAAACUUUGCAAUUUGAUAUAUCUGGAAGUUCAAACCUCCAUACUCAUAGAUGAUGAUAGCUAUGCAAAUGAGGUUUUGAAAGAUUUAAAUGUGACGGCUAGUGAUGGAUACGAUGGAAGACCUACGGCAGUGUAA